AAUGCCCACAACUGUUGUUGUACCAGAAAUUACACCUGAUUUUACCAUCAAAGAAUCAAAGAAGAAGGAGCAAAUGUUAUUGUAAAGGAAAGGUUUGGGAUGAAGCAAACAUUCAUGCUAUUGAACUUUCCAAAAUUCCUGGUCACUUUCUUGUUCAUCCUUUUGACCAUGACGACAUUUGGGAGGGUCAUUCAACAAUGAUUGACGAAAUAGCUGAAAGUUUAGCAUUGAAACCAUCUGUGGUGGUGUUAUCAGUUGGGGGUGGUGGUCUUUUAUGUGGAGUACUUCGUGGGAUGAGUCGAGUGGGCUGGAACGACGUGCCUGUAGUUGCUAUGGAAACUAUGGGAGCUAAUUGCCUGGCUGCUUCUGUGGAAGCUGGUCACCUAGUGACGAUUCCUGCUAUUACGAGCAUUGCAAAAUGUCUAGGAGCGCAAAGAGCGUGCAAUGAAGCCUACAGCUGGUUAUCUCGUCAUAAAGUUAUUUCUUAUGUUGUAAACGACAAGGAUGCUGUCAACGCUUGUUUAAAAUUUGCUGAUGACCAUCAAAUGCUGGUUCAACCCGCCUGUGGGGCAACCUUAUCUGCAUUAUAUUCUGAUGUUUUACUAAAGUUGCACAAGGAAGGUCACCUUAAAUAUUUGAAAGACGUUGUUGUGAUUGUGUGCGGAGGAAGCGGUGUAUCGUUAAAGAAACUGAAAGAAUGGAAAGAAACUUUUGGUAUUGUAGAUUAAAUUUUCUCAUUUUGAAUGGUAGUAUAGGUAACUGUAGUAUAUGCAUUUCAACGUCGACAGCACAUUUCAUAUUUACAUACCGGUGUUACUUGAAGUCCUCCCCCCUGUAAUGUUGUAAUGUCGUCAAAGGAGGGCGAUAAAUUUUCAGGGAAAGGGAGGGUGGGUUAAUUUUGUCGCGACUUAAGUUACAAGCUUAUUACUAUUUGCCAUGAUAUUUGUCGAAAUUCGUUCAAAAGUUAUGGCGUUCAGUUGCAGUUUGUCUAACGUUUUCUGGAUCUAAUCUGCAUUAGCUGAUAUUGUGAUAGGCGAGAAAAACCAUUCAUUUUUUACUAUUUUAUAAAAAUUAUUCGUAUCUCGGCUAUUCUACAGUCCAUACCCUGUGCAAUCUUGGUUGCUUUAUACUUUGUCAUAUCUAUCAAUGUCUAUCCGUCAUAAAAAUGUAUUAUUAAAUAUCUAUCAAUGUCUAUCCAUUUCUAUCAAUAUCUAUCCAUCAUAAAAUAUCUAUCAAUAUCUGUUCAUAUAAACACAUGUAGUACAUUAAAUUAAUGUCGAUUAUGAAUCGUAACUCACA